AUGGUCUCUAAAAUCGCAAAUAAAAAUGUCCUGCUUAUUGGUGGUACAUCUGGCAUCGGUUUCGCGGUCGCCAAACAAGCUGUCGCGGACGGCGCAACAGUGACCGUCACAUCCUCGUCCGAAGAAAGAGUAUCCAAAGCUGCCGAUAGCCUUCGUAAUAGCAACCCGACCAGAGCCUCAGCAGUACGCAGCUAUGUGGCCGACCUCUCCAUCAAAGACGAACUGGACACAACCAUCGAAAAGCUACUCAAAUACGCCGCGGAAACCGCGCCAAUUGACCAUAUUGUCUUCACUGCUGGCAAUGUACCUCCAAUGGUACCACUUGCAGAGGCUUCUUUCAGUGAUCUCGACGCGUAUCUCACUGUUCGUUUGUUUGGCGCGAUGGCAGUGGGGAAAUAUGCGCCCAAGUACAUGGUUUCCAGCAAGAGCUCGUCCAUUACCUUGACUACUGGGACUCAAAGCAAGAAGCCAUCAAUUUGGCUGGCGCCUGCUGUGGCAGGAUCAGUGGAAGGUCUGAUGAAGGGUCUGGCUAUUACGCUAGGACCUAUCCGCGUCAACGCCGUUUCGCCUGGUUUUAUUCUGACGGAGCUGACGGAUCGACUCCCCAAGGAGAUGAAGGAGGGCGCGAUUGAGAAGUAUACUCGACAGUCGCUCACAAAGGAUAUUGGCUAUCCUGAAGACGCAGCUGAGGCCUACCUGUACCUGAUGAAGGACUAUUUUGUGACGGGGUCAACUGUGGCAACUAAUGGAGGGGCUUGGUUGGUUUGA